AUGUCUUCUCGUCUAAAAUAUAGACGACGGCGAAAUGACAAGGACGACACCAAGCCAUUGUGCGAGCAGCCUCAGCGAGACUCUCCCGAGUAUUUGCAUCGUCUCAUAGCCCAGUUGUAUGGAGUGCAGCAGGAGUCACUUCCUGCAUUUACGUCGUCUUCAUCGGUAGACAACGAGCUUCACGCGUUGGUGGGGCUGUUGCUACGAGAGUUUGUCCUCGGAUGGUACAAUAAUGUUGCGUUUGACGAGAAUGGGGAAUUCUUGAAUGAAACAGUUGCUCUGAUCGCCCAUUUGACCAGAGAUCUCCAGCAGAGGUGUUUGAGAAUUGACUGGACCCGAUUGUUGUUAGACGACCUUUUUGUGAUCCUCAGUAAACACACGGAGGCACUAAGGGAAGCCAGGAAACGAGUAGGAACAAAAUUCAGCAGCCAGGAUGAAAACGAGCUCACUGCCAACUAUUUAUCUCUGAACGGCCACUUUGCUAUCCAAUUAGAUAACCCUGAACGCGAGCGGCAAUAUAUGCAAGUGCUGGUCAAGAAACUUACGGUCUUGAUGCUGCCAAACGAGGAAGCAGAGUCGGCCCUGAGCCGAUUGUUUGCAGAGACUUUUUUUGGAGACCUCAUUCUGCGGAACGUUGUGGAAAACCUCACAGACAACUUCAUGCUCUGGAACAUGAUCAAGGCCAUCAGCGAAGCAUCAAGCGGGCGUCCGAAGACGGCAAGACCUUUUUUCGAGCAGGUGUCGGCCGGCAGCCGUCAAGUGGGCCAUAUCGUGGCCUAUUGCACCUCUGUAUUCUCCUCCAAGCCCGCUCCCCAAAGCUUGGUAACGCAGUACGCAGUGUUCCCCUUCAUCAACAAUAUGGUCCAUUUCAGCGACAGACAUCCGCUGGUACAUCUGGUUGUCACAACGACAGCGGCACUGCUCCAGAAGUCCAAAAAAUUCAAUCACCUAUGCAAUAACGUUCUUAAUAACCUGGUUUACAACAGGAUCCUCACCAGCGGGACGAUCGCCAGCGCAGUGCGCACUUUGCGCCAUAUUAUGUUCCCAACGGACGCGAACUUCAAUACUACCCCAAGAUACGUGCCCCAGACCACCGAAGAACUAGAUGAAAUUAAGCUGAAUGCCAAAAUCGCGAUGGAAAAGGUGCUCUCCCGUCCGUACAUCGAUACAGAGUCCUUCCUUUGCUCAUUUGAGCACAAGGCCAUCAACAAGUCUCUGAUGUGGAACAUACUCGAUUUGCUGCUCACAAAUAUUUAUCCUGAACUGAAGGAUAUGUAA